GCGGCCCGCGACCAUGGCGGCGCACGGGAAGCUGCGGCGGGAGCGGGGGCAGCAGGCCGAGUAUGAGACGCAGGUGAAAGAGAUGCGCUGGCAGCUGAGUGAGCAGCUGCGCUGCUUGGAGCUCCAAGGUGAGUUGCGGAGGGAGCUGCUGCAGGAGUUGGCUGAGUUCAUGCGGCGCCGAGCCGAGGUGGAGCUGGAGUACUCCCGGGGCCUGGACAAGCUGGCCGACCGCUUUGCCAGCCGCAGUGGCCGCCUGGGGGGCAGCAGCCGGGAGCAGCAAAGCUUCCGGAAAGAGCCGUCGCUCCUGUCACCCUUGCACUGCUGGGCUGUGUUGCUGGAGCAGACGCGGCAACAGAGUCGAGAGAGUGCGGCCCUUAGUGAAAUGCUGGCUGGGCCCCUGGUCCAGCGCCUGAGUCACAUCGCAGAGGAUGUGGGCCGUGUCAUCAGAAAGACGAAGGACCUGGUGCAGCAACUGCAGGAUGAGCUUCUGGAGGUGGUCUCAGAGCUCCAGAUGACCAAGAAGACAUACCAUGUGUACCACACGGAAAGCAUGAAUGCUGAGGCCAAGCUCCGGGAGGCCGAGCGGCAGGAAGAGAAGCGGACAGGUGGCAGGAGUGCCCUGCCUACCACCGCUGCUGUCACGACCGCCACUGCCACCAACACUGAGGGAGGGCCCCUUCGCAAGAGCUCUCUCAAGAAGGGAGGGCGUCUGGUGGAGAAGCGUCAGGCCAAGUUCUUGGAACACAAGCUCAAGUGCACCAAGGCCCGAAACGAGUACCUGCUCAGCCUGGCUAGCGUCAAUGCGGCAGUCAGCAACUAUUACCUGCACGAUAUCUUAGACCUCAUGGAUUGCUGUGACACAGGCUUCCACCUGGCCUUGGGGCAGGCCCUCCGGAGCUAUACCGCUGCUGAGAGUCGCACCCAGUCCUCCCAGAUGCAGGGCCUAGGCAGCCUGGAAGAGGCUGUGGAGGCCCUGGAUCCUCCAGGAGACAAGGCCAAGGUGCUUGAGGUGCAUGCAAUGGCUUUCUGUCCGCCUCUACGUUUUGACUACCAGCCCCAUGAAGGUGAUGAGGUGGCUGAGAUCCGGGUAGAGAUGGAGCUGCGGGAUGAGAUUUUGCCCAGAGCUCAAAAUAUCCAGAGCCGUCUGGACCGACAGACCAUCGAGACAGAGGAGGUGAACAAGACACUGAAGGCAACAUUGCAGGCUCUGCUGGAGGUGGUGACAUCAGAGGAUGGGGACAUACUUGACUCUUUCCAGGCCAGCCCCUCCACUGAGUCCCUCAAGUCCACAAGCUCAGACCCAGGCACCCGGCAGACAGGCCGCAGACGCGGCCAGCAGCAGGAGACUGAGACGUUCUACCUCACGAAGCUGCAAGAGUAUCUGAGCGGCCGGAGCAUCCGUGCCAAGCUGCAGGCUAAGCAUGAGAAGCUGCAGGAGGCCAUACAGCGAGGUGACAAGGAAGAGCGAGAGAUGUCGUGGACUCAAUACACACAGAGAAAAUUCCAGAAGAGCCGCCAACCUCGACCUACCUCCCAGUACAACCAGAAACUCUUCGGAGGUGACCUGGAGAAGUUUAUGCAGAGCUCAGGCCAGCUAGUGCCCCUGGUGGUGGAAAGCUGCAUCCGCUUCAUUAACCUCCACGGCCUGCAGCACGAGGGCAUCUUCCGGGUCUCGGGGGCUCAGGCCAGGAUCUCUGAGAUCCGCGAUGCCUUUGAGAGAGGGGAGGACCCUCUGGUGGAAGGCUGUAGUGCCAAUGACUUGGACUCAGUGGCUGGGGUGCUAAAGCUGUACUUCCGCAGCUUGGAGCCCCCACUUUUCUCCCUGGACCUCUUCAAUGAGCUACUGGCUUGUACAGAGCUGGAGGCUGUGGGUGAGCGGGUGGAGCCUGUGAGCUGCCUGCUGUCCCGGCUGCCCGGACCCGUGCUGGUGGUCUUGCGUUACCUAUUCACCUUCCUCAACCACCUGGCUCAGUACAGUGAUGAGAAUAUGAUGGACCCCUACAACUUGGCUGUGUGCUUUGGACCCACACUACUGCCUGUGCCUGCUGGACAGGACCCAGUGGCCUUGCAGGGCCGGGUGAACCAGCUGGUGCAAACGCUCAUCCUACAACCUGCCCGGGUUUUCCCACCCUUGGCCACGCUGCCAGGCCCUGUCUAUGAGAAGUGCAUGGCACCACCUUCUGCCAGCUGCCUGGGGGACGCCCAGCUGGAGAGCCUAGUGGGGGAGACUGACCCUGAGCUGGAAGCUGGGACCACAGCUCAGGAGGAUGACAUGGAGGGGGUCAUAGAGGCUGUAGCCUGCUUUGCCUACACGGGCCGCACAGCCCAGGAGCUGACGUUCCAGCGAGGGGACAUCUUGCGCCUGCAUGCUCGGGCAUCGAAUGAUUGGUGGCGAGGGGAGCAUGCCGGUGUGCGGGGGCUCAUUCCUCAUAAGUACAUCACAUUGCCUGACGGGGAUGAGAAGCAGGUGACUGGGCCAGGGCUGCAGGCCACAGGUGAGUCUGUAAGCCGUCCAGAGGGCCUCCUGACCUUGGAGUUCACCCAUCGGCCAGAGCCAGAUACCCUAUCUGAGGCUGUUAGCCCCUCUGGGCAGAGAAGACACUGUUUGGUCCCCACAUCCCCAGAGCAAAAUGUGGAGCUAGAUAAGGCUGUGGCGCAGAACAUGGACUCUGUGUUUAAGGAGCUUUUGGGAAAGACUGCUGUCCGCCAGGGCUUUGGACCAGCAGCAACGGCCUCCCACAGCCCAGGGACCCGAAGCCCAAAACAUCUGGUCUGCAGCCGCUUCGGCAAAACCAAAGGCUUCUCCCUGGUAGCUGGGGCUCCAGCUUCACCCUCUGCCUCCCGUCCCCAGGGCCCAGACUCAGGAGUGCCCCUCAAGCCACACUGAGGCAGCUCAUGUCAGGCGGCCACCAGCAAACCCUCCGUUCUCCCGAGGUCUUCCGCUUCUCCUCUGCCCUGGCUUAAGUCCCUUUGGGAGGCAGCGAUGGAAGAACGCUGGGGACCGUCACCUCUCCAGCUCUGCUAAGAGGGCUUGUCUGGCCGUGGGGGCGGGGGCAGCGGCAAUGCAUAAAGACCUGUGCACUGAU